CCAUUUGCCAUGGAUUCUUCUCGUCCUCUUCCCGCCUCCUCCCUCCUUCCUCAAUCCAAAAAAAAUAUUUCUGCACUACCAAAACCCUACUGGCCAUCCUCGCUUCCUUCCUUCCCACCUUCAAUCGUCGAUGAUGAUGGCGGACGAGCGUCCUUAACCUCGUUCGAAUUCCUCUCUCGUCCCCUCAAAUGAAGGAAGUCGGAGGAUGCGAUAGGAACUUCGGGCGAAUCUCCUCUGUCAAGUUCAUUGUGGUUUAGGUUUCGAGGUUGGUGGGGGGACGGCCUUCUUUGUUUUUGAAGUAUAGGAGCUGCGAGCACUGUUUUGUUUGUGACAGAUCUGGGCUUUUCGAGUCAAGUUCAUGAUGAGCGGGGACAAUUUCUCCGGCGGCUCUCGGGGGGAUUGCCCUGCUCUCGGUGAUGUGACCAAUCGGCCUGUGAAAAGGGGGUUUUCGCUCGUUUCCGAUGAUUCAGGAGCAAAAUCUCAAGACAGGCGGGGUAAAUGUAGAAUAGACGGGGGAGGGGAUGCGGCUUCUGUGAAGCAGGUGUGUUUGGGAGUUGAGAAUUUGGUGAAGGGGAAAUGCACUACCAGACAUGAUGGGCACGGUGUUAAGAAGGGUACUAUUCCUUUUUUCAAGGACAAGAAGGCUCGUGGUUCAUCCCCUGUGCAUGACAAGCUCAGUGGUGCCAGCCAUAGUGUGUUUUCUGCUGUUGUUAGAUCCCAGGAAACAUUAAAUGUUUCGCACAGCAGUCCUAAGGUUUUGGGGAUUGAAAUGAAUGCACGAAGUGUAUUGGAAGUGGCUGAUGCAUCAAGGGAUAGUUGUACGUCGAUUGUCUCGACUUUGAGCAGUCAAGUGGGUGAGAAAAGCUCUGAGGGGAUCAAGGUGCGCAACGAGCAUGCAGAUGUUGUAAAGGAAGUUUAUGUCGAUCCAAUUAGAGAAAGCUCCGCACAAGGUCCCAUUACUCAGGUACUUAGCAAUUGUGACGAGGGCCUCAGAAUUGGGAAAUUAGCAUCGAACAGUUCUGGCUCCAUUGAGUGGUCAAGGUUGCCUAACUCACAGGGUCUCAAAAACUUUGAAUUGAUAAGAUGCCAAACUUUGGAGGGAAAUGGCUGUGACAAUUUGUGUGCUGAAGAGGACCUGCUCAAAAGUUGUUCCUGUUCUUUUUGUUUGAAAGCUGCUUAUAUGUGGUCAGACCUUCACUACCAAGACAUAAAGGGUCGAAUAUCUGCAGUGAGCAAGAGUCGAAAAGAAGCUAACACUUUGGUUCAGAAAACUGCUAUGGCAAAGGAUGUUAUCCAUGUUUCAGGAAACUCAAAUAAGUCUCCAAAUCUGGAAUAUGUUCUCACGAAUCAAUGGAGGUCACUCUUUCUUCGCAUGGAGGACAUACUAGUCCAUGAAGGCCGUGAACUCCAAAGUAGUUAUUGUGAGCUCAAAGAUAUGAGAGAAAAAUGUAAGAUGGAUCUGGAUUCGACGAACAGGAUGCCUUCAAAUAGACACUAGUGUUGCAUCGGUUUCGCGGUUGGAAUCUCUUAUACUCGAGACUACUUCCAAGCUUGUGAAGGUGCAAUUACAUGCAUUCCUUUUUGCAUAUACGUGCUCGCGCUUUGACGCCUUCUGUGCAAUCCGAUGUUGUAGUACAUGGAUCUUUCCCUUACCGUUUCUUUCAUGAGGUGCCUGGAAUGUCUUUGCUAGUUUCUUCAUUCAGGAUUUUACUUGGCUGUGAUUUUUUCGUCCUGCUUGUUGCCAGUACAAGUCGAAAGAUUUUAUUGCUUGAGAAAAUGUAUUGUUUUUUUCCUAAGUCAAUGAAUCAGGCCCCUGAUUUGAAAAUAAAGAGCUGUCAAGCGUAGAAAAUUGUGGUGAUACUGUUUCAGCAAAUUUUAGUUGUUUCUGAGGCUGAUCUUUUGUUCAAGUGUUAGUCCAGGAAAGUGUUAUUACUGAUUUUGUUGAAAUUAACUGCUUGUAAGUCGUGAGUCGGAGUUCAUUAUGCUUAAAAUUUCCAAAUUUCUGUAUCUUUGGAUAGAGCAUUCUCGCUUCCUGUUGUAACAGCCAUUUGGGACUGUCAUGCUAAAUUAGACCAAAAUGCAACAUCGAAAACAGAGGUGAAGAAAACUUUUUGCAAGAUUUUAUAUCGUGAAAUAUGAGUUUAAGAGACAAGAGAAUAGAAGAGUCUAAUGAGAAUGGGAAAUGCUUAGUUCCUUUUCCUAGCUUCAACACAAAUGUGUUUACACUUUUGAUCCAAAAUAAAGUACUACUAUUUCACAAAAAAUGAAAAACCAAGUAAGUACAAACUGAUUCGGGUGUGUCUAAUUGCAACUUGUGUAGCAUCAAUCGGCAUCGCCAUGCUGUUUGUUGAGUUGCGAUCGGGCUUCUGAUAGCGCACGGCUCACCUCUUCAUCAUCUGGUGUCUCUCUAUUCAAAACCUCAUAGUCUCUUAUCGAAGCCUCCCAAUUUCCUAGCUGUAUAAAUCCCAGAGUUGAU